GGGAGUAGAGGAAGAGUAAAGGGGAGGAGUGGCGUCUGAGAAAAGCAGGGGCGGCAGAGGAGAGAGGGGUACUGAGGGUUACAGAACCAGUCAUAGUUCCCCAGGAACUGAAAUUUAAGUCUGUCUGUGUCCAGGACACCUGAGUGUGGCCUCAGUGGAAGCUCCCAGCCAUCAUGGUUCUUCUGCUCAUGUCUGUGACUGUGCUUCAUCUUUUCACUCUGGCCAUGCUGUUCAUCGCCACCAUGGAGAAGUUCUGGUGGAUUUGGUCCGAUGCUGAAAUCACAGACCUCUGGUCUAACUGCAUUCACGACAACGCAACGGGAAACUGGCUGUGUGCUGCCUCUAAUGAAAAUGACUGGCUGCAGGCGGUCCAGUCCCUGACUGUCCUCUCAGUGGUCUUUUCCUCUAUCUCCUUCCUGGUCUUCCUGGGUCAGCUCUUCACCAUGUCUAAAGGAGGGCUCUUCUAUUUCACAGGCCUCUGUCAGGUUUUUGCAGGUUUCACAUCAUUUGCCGCCUGUCUGAUCUUCACAUUCCACCGCAAGAAGAUCCUGGACGACACCAGAGACCUGAGCAUUGGCCACUUUGGCUACUGUUUCAUUCUGGCCUGGUCCUGUGUACCGCUCUUGCUCUUCAGUGGAGUCCUGUAUGUUCACCUGCGCAAGAGGCAGUGAACUAAGACAUACAUGAGCAGCAUUAUUCAGUAUUACUCGGUAUUGUUAGUCUAUUAUCACUUGACUGUACACUCUUAGAAACAGGGUUCCAAAAGGAAUCUUCAGCUGUCUCCAUAGGAUAACCCUUUUUGGUUCCACUUAGAACCCUCUGUGGAAUACGUUCUACAUGGAACCCAAAAGGGUUCUACCUGGAACCAAAAAUAGUUAUUCAAAGGGUUCUACUAUGGGGCCAGCUAGAACCCUUUUAGGUUCUAGAUAGCACUCUUUGUCUAAAGUGUAGUGAACAACAGAGACACAAUGUACAAUGUCUUUAUUUUAUCUGUGUUAAAUGUAUAUAUGUAUUGUGUACAAACAGUACUAUUACUGUAUCUGUGAAAUACUUUAAAUCGAGUCUUCAUUUUAUAGACUAUUCUUUACUGUAUGCAAUAUUGCUGCAGUUUGGGUUAAUUCGGUCAUUUCUGUGAUGAAGUAUUUGUUUGCAUAAAAUCUUCCUCGUGAUCAGCAAGACAUGGAAUUAACUGGAGAGUGGCUGUCGUGCGUUCAAUUCCCCUGUGAAAUAUUGUUUAUCUUAAUAUGUAAUACUCCUCACCACAUGCCCAUUGUGGAGCUCCAGUAUGCCACACUAUAAUAAGCCCAGUAGGCUGUGCCAGAAAUAUGUUCUUUACAUUUCAGAGACACUCCUGUGAAGGGGCAGUCAUAGUUGGCCACCACAUUAUAUUAUCUUACUGUAUAGAUCAUGUCAAAUAGCAUCAAUCUCUAAAUAAAAGUUACCCUCAGUAACAA